CCCAGGGCGCCGCGGUGGGGGGUGGAGGUGUUGGAGCGCGGCAUGAGGCGAAGGGCGGGAAGUGGUGGGCUGGCCGUGUUGGCGCCAAAAUGGGGGCCCGCGCUCUGACCAUGCCCGGGUGACAGGAAAGGAGAGGGAGGCAGGGGACGGCUACCAGCCCGGCCCAGCCCAGCGCAGUCCAACGCGCAGGAGCACCACCACCACCAUUAGCACCACCGCCGCCGCUACUACCACCGCCGCCGUCGUCGCUCUUCGCUGAGGGGGGAGCCUGGCGCCCCGCCGCCCAGUGUCCAUGCCCGUGGGGCCGUCGAGCCCGGCUGCGGAGCCUCCCUCGCCGUGGAGCCGGCCGGGGUUGCGCGCUCCCGAAAUAUGAGCAGCCGCCCCACGGGAGGAGCAGGCUCGGGCGUGUGCUUCGGCCCGCGGGAGCCCGACAAGCCCUUCGCUGACUCGGAGCGGGCACAGAAAUGGCGCCUGUCGCUGGCCUCGCUGCUCUUCUUCACUGUGCUGCUCUCUGACCACCUGUGGCUCUGCGUUGAGGCCAGGCAGGUCGCUGCCGGGCGACACCGGGACCAAGUGCUGGCGGAACCGGGCAUGGAGGACGGCGAAAGGGCGUCGGCGUCGCCCCCCGGCAGCCCUGCGGCGUCGGCAGCGGGCCAAUGCUUCAGCCUGCUGGGCGACGCCGAGGCUGCUUGUCGCCGCCUGAAACCCGGCGGCUCGGCCCAGGCAGAGCUCUACCUUCCCUUUUGUAAUUCCUACACGUUGCGCGAGCUCUUCGCUGGGUUUUCCCGCCCGGACACUCUGAACUGCACUCUGGACCUAGGCGAGGAGGAAGACGAGGACGACGGGGGCGAUGGGGAUGGGCGCAGCAGGGAGGAGAAUUGGCUCCGGUCUUGCCGCCGCUGCGUCCUGGCUUACCAGAACUACGACCAGCAAGCGCAGGACCGCUACCGAGAGUUCGAGCUCGUGCUCCAGAAAUACCUGCAAGCGGAGGAGUACUCGGUGAAAUCUGGGCCGGAGGACUGUAAGAAAAGAGAGAGUGCUUCUUCCAGUUUACAAUUUAUACUUGAUGACAAAAUCAAUGAUACUUGCUAUGCACACCAUCUCUUGAAGCAUUUGUAUUCUGUCAUGUAUUUACUUCCUUCCUACUAA